AUGACCAACAAAUUGGACCCCGAACUGGACCCACUAUGGCAGGAUCUCGACUGGGCCAUUGGCCAGAUGCUGAUUAUGGGGUGGGAUGGCACUGAAGUGACCCCCUCGAUCCGCCAUCUCAUCGAAGAGCACCAUGUGGGCUCCAUCUUGUUGACGGCAAAGAACCUCAAAUCCGCUCAGCAAACCGCCAGGCUUGUCCAGGAGCUUCAGACCAUUGCUCACCAAGCCGGCCACCCGUACCCCCUGUUGAUUGCCCUCGACCAGGAAAAUGGUGGUGUCAACAGCCUCUUCGAUGAGGACUACAUCUGCCAGUUCCCCAGCUCCAUGGGCCAGGCUGCGGCCAGCAGCGCUGAUCUGGCUUACAAAGUUGCCAAAGCCACAGCCACAGAAAUCUCGGCCGUCGGCGUGAACCUGAUCCUCGGACCCGUCUUGGACGUCCUUACAAAUGCGCGUUACCAACCCUUAGGGGUCCGAGCUAUUGGCGACGACCCCCAGGAGGUCUCGCAGUACGGCAUCGCCGCCAUGAAUGGGUACAAGGAGGCUGGAGUCGCUACUUGUGGAAAGCACUUCCCUUCAUACGGGAACUUGGAUUUUCUCGGCUCGAGCCUGGAUAUUCCCACCAUUACGCAGACGCUGGAGGAACUGUCGCUGAGCGCGCUCGUUCCCUUCCGCAACGCGAUCGCCACGGGAAACCUUGACGCCAUGUUCGUCGGUGGAUGCGGCAUCACAAACCCAUCCAUGAAUGUCAACCACGCCUGUCUUUCCGAGCAGGUGAUUGACGACUUGCUUAGGAACGAGCUCGGGUUCCAGGGCGUGGCCAUCUCCGAGUGCCUUGAAAUGGAGGGCCUCCGGAAUGAGAUCGGCGUCAGGACCGGGACUGUUAUGGCUGUGGAAGCCGGUUGCGACUUGGUGUUACUUUGCCGUGCCUACGACGUGCAGCUCGAAGCCAUUGCCGGUCUCAAACUUGGGGUGGAGAAUGAGCUCAUCACGAAAGAGCGGGUUUAUACCUCUCUUAGGAGACUUUUCCGGAUGAAGAAGCAAUGUACCUCCUGGCAGAAGGCGCUGAACCCGCCUGGGAUCAGUUUGCUAUCUAAGAUUCACCCUGGGCACCUCGCGCUGUCACUCAAGGCCUACGACGACUCGAUCGCCGUGAUACGCGACAAUGAAGGCCUGCUCCCGCUCACCAAGUCCAUGCAUCAAGAAGAGGAACUUCUUCUGCUAACGCCCCUGGUCAAGCCGCUACCUGCGUCCCCAAUGACUAGGGCGCUGCAGGAGAAGCACAGGCCGGACACGGUCCACGAGAGAUGGGUCCAUAAUACUCGGGGUGCCAUCAUGAGCGGCGAGGGCGUGUUUAGAGAGUUAGGGAGGUCGCUCGCGAGGGAGAGGCACGGUAAACUGCUGCAUACUUCAUACACUGCGCACGGUGUUCGGCCCGUACACGAGAACUUGAUCAACCGGGCGUCGUCUAUCAUCAUCGUUACAGCAGACGCCAACCGCAACUUGUACCAAGCCGGUUUCACCAAGCAUGUCGCCAUGAUGUGUUCAUUGCUCCGCGCAAGCGGUCAGAAAAAAUCCCUGAUCGUCGUCGCUGUUAGCUCACCCUACGACUUCGCCAUGGACAAGUCCGUUGGGACCUACAUCUGCACGUUUGACUUCACCGAAUUGGCCAUGUCGGCAUUGGUCGGGGCCUUGUGUGGAAAGUCCAAACCGCAAGGAACACUUCCGGGCACUCUCAGAAAGAGCAGGAAGGCACUCAAAUCCCGUCAGCACUGGCUUGUGGAAGCGUAUGACCGCGACCGAGAUGCCCGAUACCUGGACGAUUUGUUGCAGGCUCUCGCUCGGGCAAGCGCUCCGGCUCAUCAGUUCCUGCUGACAACAAAUGCCCACUCCUUCGAGCUGUUCAACCCCAACAUCGAAGAAGCCCACUUCAUGGUGCGCAACAGCAGCACCAAAGCCCUCUACGGCUUCUGCGCCACUUACUUCGUCCAUGGCACAGGCAUCAUCGGUGCUGUCUUUGUUGACCCCUCCAAACGCAACCUCUCCAUCGGCCGAUCUCUCCAGCGUCGUGCUCUACGCGGCCUCGCUCAGAAACGCGGCAUCAAGAAGAUGCAACUCGGCAUGUCCUUCCCCGGUGUCUUUCCGGGCAUCCCGGCCGACGACAGCGCCAAUCUGAGGCAGUGGUUCGCCAACGGCGGCUGGGACCUGCAGUUCCCCCGGCGGAUCUCCAACCUAACCAUCCCCUCCCUCGCCGGUUGGAACCCGCCCGAGGGCCUGCUCCAGAGCAUCCAGCGCGCUGGAAUCAGCUUCGAUCUCAUCCACGGGCCGGAAAACGCCGAAAGCGUGCUCGACCACAUCAAGACGCAUUCCCACCCGGAGGUCCUCGAACUGUACCGAUUCGCUCUGCAGGAAACCAAAACCUGCGGCGUUGUCCGCGCCAAAGGGCCCGGCGAAGCGCUCCUCGGCACGGUCAUUAUCUGCAGCCCUGGAAGCCCACUGUCCGGGUUCAUCCCGCCGCUACAGCCGGGCCCCGGGGAGGACGAGCAGCCCAUCGGUGGCAUCGUAGCCCCCAUCAUUGCGCCAUCUUCCGGAGGCCAAGCGCAGGCCACUUUGGUGCUGCAGGGACUGGCGCUUAUGGGGGUGAGGCAGAACAAAGCGCAUAAAUCGUUGCGUAGUGUUCUGAGUUGGGUGCAGGACGAGGCACAGGAGCCGUUGGUGGCGAUGGGGUUUGAGGUGGUGCAGGCUUUUGAGCAGUUUACGAGCUCGCCGGAGAAUGUUGCCUACCGUACUCCGUCCCUAGGGAGGAGCAUAGUAGAAUACAGGGAAAUGAUGGCCGGGUUCAAUCCCAUGCCGGCGCUGGCUCCGGGCGCCACUCCCGGCCCGGACGGCAUGCCUAUGACGGCUUCGGAUAUGGACGCUUUUAAUGCGUGUAUGGCUUUUGACGAGUCGAUGCUUGACCCCGUCAACAUCCCCCAACUCCCCUUCACCCCCGCCCCCUACGACUUCGACGCCUUCAGCACCACCUUCGAAGACCCCUUCUCCUAUCCCGCCCGCCCCUUCGAAAACAACCCCGCCGCCAUCGGCCGCGGCGCCCGCAACGCCCCCCAUGUCUACCCGCCCGCCCCCGUCGGCGAUUCCCACUCCCACACCCACACCCACGGCCACGGCCACCACGACGUGUACGACCACAUGGGCGAGGGCUCCCCACCCGACGACGAAGACGACGCCCUCGACAACAAGCUCCUCAGCUUCGGCGCGCCGAUCCCGGGAAAGGCCACGCUGCUCACUGACGCCGAGCUGUACGGCAUGUUCUUCGUUGCCGAGGAUGUCUUUGGUGCGGAUAGUAAUACUUCGGGUCGCCCGCUCGAACUGACCUGCUACCGCCGUAAUUUGUGGCAGAUCUCUGGACAGGUUACCCUACCGCGGCAGGUCGUGCAGUACAUGGACGAGCAAGGCCGGCGCAUGCCUGUUGCUGAGCUGGCUGCGUCUAUCACGGCUGUUGAGAGCAUUGAGGGCCGCGUCGCGGAGAUGAUCACCAUCCCCUGGCGCGGCAGCAACGCGCCGCCGAUGGGGGGCGCGGGCGGGGCCGCGGAGGAAACCAAGGCUGUUAGCCCGCCGCCGGUGGUGCCGUUGGAUUUUGUGGGCGGUGGGCAGGAAGUGGACAGCGGGAACCGGGUGUCGGUUCCCGUGGCGUGGAAGAGGCUGCAGUUCAAGCAUGCGACGGCGAAUAACGGACGACGGAAGGGGUUGCAGCAACACUAUGUGGUGCAGAUCAACCUGCUGGUGAAGAGCAAGGCCGGGGGGGAGUAUGUCAAGGUGACGGAGGUGCAGUCGGGGCCGGUGAUUGUGCGUGGGAGGAGUCCGAGGAAUUUUGAUAGUCGGAAGGAGGUGCCGUUGGGGGAUAAGAGGCCGUUGGAGAGGAGGAAUACGGAUGUGUCGGGUUCAUCCUCCUCCGCUCCCUACUACACAUACAUACUAACAACCUUCCAGUCAUCCCCCGCCGACUGGCCAACCCCCUACGCUUCCACACCCACCCCCCACUCCCAUCACAACCCACAAAACCAAAACCAACACCAACACCAACACGCCAACAAAAAGAUGGCCAUGACCUCCCCCAGCCUCAACCGACCCCCCGUACCUUCCUGGGGCUCCCUCGAACCUCCAACCCCUAAACACACCGGGACGAAACACAACAGUCUAUCAGUUUCUUCUUCCUCUGGUGGUGGUCCCAAACAGCGCCGCAAUAGCAGCCACAAUAACAACAACAACAACAACAACAACAACAACAACAACAACACGGCUGUUCCCCUGAGUCUGUCGCUUUCCGAAGACGAGCGGAGUCCCUCCAACCGGGCUGGGUCCAAUGAUAGCGCGCAGAGUCCACAACAGCCGGGCCAGCAGCAGGGGCAGGGGCAGCAGCAUGGGGGGAAGGCAUCUUCUUCUUCGGCUGGGUUUCUCUCGGCCUCUGGAGGCGGGAACGGGAGUGGUGCAGGUGGAGCUGGUGCUGGUACAGCAGGUGGGUUGUCAGCGGCGGCCGCGGCUGGGGCGGCGGGUGUUUUGGCUAGCCCGAUGGAGACGACGGAGGAUAUGUUAUAUGAGUAUUUCCCGUUGAGUUUGGAUGAUUGGAUGCCCCCCGUCGACGCAAUCUACCGCCCCCACGUCGUCCACCACACCAUUGUCCCGCCCGAGGUCAAGGCCCAGCAGGUACGCAGCAAGGCGAAGCGGUAUUUCGUUGCGGCUGAGUAG